AGGGGCCCAGGGGCGCCAUGUUUGAUAGAAACAGUUUUGGACAGUGAUCACAACUUCUGUGCCACCUACCUAACGUUAGCUCGUAAAGCAACGAUUUCUGUAGAGUUAUUUGACAAAAUCAAGGACCUAUCGUACAGUUGCAAAAAUGAAUGUUGUAGAUCAUGUACGUGACAUGGCAGCGGCAGGACUACAUUCCAAUGUCCGGAUUAUGAGCAGUUUGUUGUUGACAAUGAGCACAAACAACCCAGAACUUUUCUCACCGGCACAAAAAUACCAGUUGCUGGUUUAUCAUGCCGAUGCAAUCUUUCAUGACAAAGAAUACCGCAACGCAGCUUCCAAAUACAAUUCCGCUUUACAGCAGAAGAAGGUCCUAAGCAAAACCUCCAAAGUACGGCCCUCCACUGGUGGGACUACAUCUUCAGUCCAAGCUCAGAGCUUGCCUUCAGAAAUCGAAGUGAAAUAUAAGAUAGCUGAGUGUUACACAAACCUGAAGCUGGACAAAGAUGCUAUUGCAGUUUUGGAUGGAAUCCCAUCUCGGCAGAGAACUCCAAAGAUCAACAUGAUGCUGGCGAACCUCUACAGAAAAGCCGGCCAGGAGCGAUCCGCCGUCACGAGCUACAAGGAGGUGUUGAGGCAGUGUCCCCUGGCCCUGGAUGCCAUCAUUGGGCUCCUCUCGCUGUCGGUGAAGGGGGCGGAGGUGGCCUCCAUGACCAUGGACGUGAUCCAGAGUAUUCCGAACCUCGACUGGCUGUCCACAUGGAUCAAAGCCUAUGCCUUCAUUCACACAGGGGACAACCACCGCGCCAUCAGCACUAUCUGUUCCCUGGAGAAAAAGACUCUUCUGAGGGAUAACGUGGACCUCCUCGUCAGUCUGGCGGAUGUCUACUUUAGAGCCGGCGACACCAAAAACGCCAUCCUGAAGUUCGAACAGGCACAGAUGCUGGACGCCUAUCUGAUUAAAGGUAUGGAUGUGUAUGGUUAUCUGAUGGCUCGAGAGGGACAUCUGGAGGAUGUGGAGGUGCUGGGCGGUCGUCUCUUCAACAUCUCAGACCAGCACGCAGAGCCCUGGGUCAUCUCUGGGUGUCACAGCUUCUACAGCAAGCGUUACUCCCGUGCUCUGUACCUGGGCGCCAAGGCCAUCCAGCUGAACAGCAACAGUGUGCAGGCGCUUCUCCUGAAGGGGGCAGCGCUGCGCAACAUGGGACGCGUGCAGGAGGCCAUCAUCCACUUCAGAGAGGCUAUGAGGCUGGCUCCCUGCCGUCUCGACUGCUACGAAGGAUUGAUUGACUGUUACCUGGCCUCCAAUGGUGUGCGUGAGGCCAUGGGAAUGGCCAAUAACAUCUAUAAGACGCUGGGGGCCAACGCGCAGACGCUGACCAUCCUGGCCACCGUGUGCCUGGCUGACCCCCUCACCCAGGACAAGGCCAAAGCCCUACUGGACAAGGCCCUCGCCCAGAGACCGGACUACAUCAAGGCCGUGGUCAAGAAGGCCGAGCUCCUCAGUCGGGAACAGAAGUACGAAGAAGGGAUCACUCUGCUGCGGAACACGCUAGCCAAUCAGAGUGAUUGUGUGCUGCACAGGAUGCUGGGAGAUUUCCUCUUUGCGGUGAACGAGUAUCAGGAGUCCAUUGAUCAGUACAGCAUUGCACUCAGCCUGGACCCGAAUGACCAGAAGUCCCUGGAGGGCAUGCAGAAGAUGGAGAAGGAGGAGAGUCCGAUGGACGCCACGGUGGAGCUGGACGGGGACGACAUGGAGGGCAGCGGAGAGGACGGCGACCUGGAGGGCAGCGACAGCGAGGCAGCGCAGUGGGCCGACCAGGAGCAGUGGUUCGGCAUGCAGUGACACGCACACACACACACACACACACACACACACACACACACGUACCCACGCAGACAACCCCUCUGAACCAGGAGCAGUGGUUUGGCAUGCAGUCACACACACACACACACACACACACACACACACACACACACACACACACACACACACACACACACACACACUCUUUCUCUCACAGAUACAGAUACACACACACACACAAAGCCAUCCACAACGAUAUGGGUUAGUAGCUGUACUUAGACACACACACACCAGCCGCCACUCAGUUCCUGGCGUGUGUGAUGUGCCGACCUGUCCAGAUCAGUGUCCUGUCUGCUCCAGACUCCACUGAUAUCGGGAUAUUACCACCACAUUAUCAGAAUAUUAUCUCCAGAUUAUCGAGAUAUUACCACCAGAUUAUCAGGAUAUUAUCUCCAGAUUAUCGAUAUAUUAACUCCAGAUUAUUGAGAUAUUAUCUCCAGAUUAUCAGGAUAUUAUCUUCAGAUUAUUGAGAUAUUAUCUCCAGAUUAUCAUCAAUGGACUAUUUAACCCGCCCUGCCCUAAGGGCAACUAUCCCGAUCUUUUGUUUGUUUGUUUUUUCACUCGGAGCUUCUGUUUUUUAUAAGAUAUGGAAGAACAGAAUAGCGUUUGGUUUAUGUCAUCAUGUUAAAAUAACUAAAAAUCAAGGAGGUGUAUGGGGGUAGUUUGGUUUUUAACUGCCCUCUGCUAUCCUUUAAAGCCCCUAGGCCAGUGAGGCAACCAGUAACUGCCCCAAGAACGGCCCUCAAACUGACUUAACAGAACGUUACAAACAUGGAUAAACAGCUUGUUUGUAAGGUGUAUAUUGCUUCUCUUCUCUGAUGCCUUGCUAUUACUGUCUGUGCCCGCUCUCUUUUUUGCCUGUGCUAGUGGGUGCGUGUGUGUGUGUGUGUGUGUGUGUGUGUGUGUGUGUGUGUGUGUGUGUGUGCGUGCCAGCGCACGUUAAAUCAUGCUGAGGCCUCUUGUGUGCACACCGUAACCUGAACCCAGAGAGCAGCUGGCUCCAGCUGAGAUCCGGUUCAUCCACCCUGGCUCCCUUCAGAAUAGGGGUUCUGUUCUUUAAAGAUGGAGCCGGCUCCGUUCAGAAUAGGGGUUCUGUUCUUUAAAGAUGGAGCCGGCUCCGUUCAGAAUAGGGGUUCUGUUCUUUAAAGAUGGAGCCGGCUCCCUUCAGAAUAGGGGUUCUGUUCUUUAAAGAUGGAGCCGGCUCCGUUCAGAAUAGGGGUUCUGUUCUUUAAAGAUGGAGCCGGCCCAAUCUGGUACAGACCUCUGCCUCCUCUGGCCCAGGCGUGUGUGUGUGUGUGUGUGUGUGUGUGUGUGUGUCUGUCUGUCUGUCUCUAUCUGUGUGCCAGUCAUCUGCCCUCUCUGCUUCCUGUGAUGGAAAGUAUCUGACUGUAAAACACCAGCAGGGGGCGCCAUGUUGGAUAGAUGCAGAGAGGGGUGACUGAGAUUGGUCUAAAUACCGGUCCUUGAGGUGAUGCCUACUCCUACUCCUUGGGGUAUUGUUUUUUUUUUUCCCUUUGGUUAUUUUUUUUAUUAUUAUUAUUGCAGAUGUUUAUAACAUUGUAUUGUGAACUGUACAGAAAAAAAAGAGUUUUGAAUGUCAGAAUAAAAAUCAUGUGUAAUUCUAA